CUCUCUUUCUUUCCUCUUACCACAUUGUAGUGGUUGUCCUUUCUUUCUGUUUUGUACAUCCAAUUCCAUGACAUAUAUAGAAAUCAGUUUCUUUGACGUUCACAUGUCUAUUUGAUCAAGAAUAAUACAAAUAAAAAUUAAAAAAAGAAAAGAAAAGCAGAAAAUGUUAUUACCGGUAAUAUCAAUUUCCGUUAGGGAAAAUAAAAACAAGAGGCCUCUUACAGGAAAGAUCAUUGCAAAUGCUUCUGGAAGUCAUCGUUCCGAACCACCUUCGUCGCGUUAGCCUUGUAGAUUGGAAAUGCUCUCAGCUAGAUCAGAUAUGAAUGAAUUCGAGAUUUUGUUUUAAUGACCCUGACUACUUGAAAGGAAAAAAAGUUGUGUGCCCACUGGUUUUUAAAUUUGUAUAAGGACAUUAUCUUCCAGCUUUCUGGUUCUUUCAUAAUGUCGUCGAAGCCGACACCUUUAGAGUUACCUGAGAUGAACAGCAUGUCACUAGAAGAUACAUUUCAGGCCAGCAAAGUUAGUGACAGCACAGAGACGACAAGCUCCAGUACUAGUACUACACCCCUGAAGCCACACACUGGUGGUGAUGUUCGAUGGGACGCGAUUAAUUCGGCUACUGGUAAAGGCGGACCUCCCCUUGAUUUAAGCAACUUUCGGUUAUUGAAGCGUCUCGGAUAUGGGGAUAUUGGAAGUGUGUACCUUGUGGAACUCAGGGGAACAAAUACCUACUUUGCAAUGAAAGUGAUGGAUAAAGGAUCUCUAGCAAGUAGAAAUAAAUUGCUCAGAGCACAAACAGAGAGGGAGAUUCUUGGUUUACUUGACCAUCCAUUCUUGCCAACUUUAUAUUCUCAUUUUGAGACUGACAAGUUCUAUUGCUUAGUCAUGGAAUUCUGCAGUGGAGGUAAUCUGCAUACCCUCCGCCAAAAGCAGCCCAAUAAGCAUUUCACCGAGGAGGCUGCUAGAUUUUAUGCAUCAGAGGUGUUGUUGGCACUUGAGUAUCUGCAUAUGCUAGGAAUUGUUUACAGGGAUCUUAAGCCAGAAAAUGUACUAGUGAGAGAUGAGGGUCAUAUAAUGCUGUCUGAUUUCGACCUAUCCCUCCGUUGUUCUGUCAAUCCAACACUCGUCAAGUCUUCAUCAGUACAUGGAGGAGGAGGAAAUAUCAGCAGUAGUGGAUCCGGUAUUUUAGACAACGACAAUGCAGUCCAAGGUUGCAUCCAACCCUCAACUUUUUUCCCUCGUAACAUUCUCCCUACCAAAAAGAAUCGCAAGUCUAAAUCAGAUUUCGGGCUAUUUGUGGGAGGAUCACUCCCUGAGCUUAUGGCGGAGCCCACAAAUGUACGAUCCAUGUCCUUUGUUGGCACCCACGAGUACUUAGCCCCUGAGAUAAUUCGCGGAGAGGGUCAUGGUAGUGCAGUUGAUUGGUGGACUUUUGGCAUAUUCUUAUAUGAACUUCUGCAUGGGACAACGCCUUUUAAAGGUUCUGGCAAUCGCGCAACACUCUUCAAUGUUGUCGGACAACCUUUGAGAUUCCCAGAUACACCGCAAGUAAGUCCUAUUGCGCGCGAUCUUAUAAGGGGGCUCCUCGUGAAAGAGCCACACAAGAGAAUUGCAUAUAAAAGGGGUGCUACUGAAAUAAAACAACACCCAUUUUUCGAGGGAGUCAAUUGGGCUUUGGUGAGAAGUGCUGUUCCUCCCUCUAUACCUGAACCUGUGGACUUUGCUCAGUAUGCCAGUAAAGAAGCAUCAGCUCAUUAUUCAGAUAAGAAGAUGCCAGAUACUGAAAGUCAUGAUAAAAACAAAAACACUUCUACAGAUUCUUCAUACAUUGAUUUUGAGUACUUCUAGGAUCGAAUUCGAUCUACAGAAUUCAUAUCAACGUUGAUCAGAAAACAAAUAAUGCAAAGGAUUUUCUCUUAUUGUGGCAAUUCAAGUGAUGUUAAUGCUAAGUUAGUACGAAACAUUUGAAGUAUAACUCGAAUGGUCAAAUGUGGGGUAAGGUUCGACCACUAUACGUUGGUAAGAUUAACUUCUGACCAACUUUGUAUAAUCUUGAAAGUAUGUGCAUGCAGUGUGUUUAUUGUGUAUAACUGCAUAGCAGUGUAACUUCCGAGUGCUUCGAGAAGAAAUCAACUUGCAGCACUUUCAGACGAAGCAAUUUUUCCUGAUUGAAGUUUUAGUGGUAACCGCUGCUGAUGAAUUGUGAAUAUAAUUCUGUGAUACUCCAUUCUUUUCAUUUCAUGUGACAGUGUAUUAAUUUGACUUAUAUAAUUAUUUUAGUAACCCAUCCCGUUAAAGUAUAACACAUGAUUGAGCUUCAAAAGUUUUCGUAUAUGUAAAGUGUCUAGAUCGUCUGGAAAUACGAGAUGUGGAUGUUAGGAAAGAUAGAAUUUAGGAAAUUGAUGCUUGAAUGGUGUUACUGAGUGUUGGUACUUAAGUUGGACCCAUCUAGGCUAGAGAUAGAAUGACAAGAGGCCAAAGUGCCCAAAAUUGAGU